AAAUAAAACUUUUAAACACUUUUUAAAUUAAAAAUAAACACUUUUAAAAUAAAAUUAUACUGAUUGUGGAAUUGGAAAAAAAAAUAAAAAAAUGUUGGUAGUGUUUUAUUAUUCUAUUUGAGAGCUUUUAGACAAAGCUGUCAUAAUUCUCACGUAUUUCCUUUGAUACUGAUGUCUCCUGACCUAUUACACUAACGGGCUCAUUUGCUCUAAUGAUCUUUUGAAAGAAUUAAUAUUCUCCAUUAGUGUCCCGCAUAUCGGACAAUCUUGAAAUAGAAUUUAAAAGACACUUUUGAUUGGAACAUCCAAUUCGCUAUAAAUGAUCCCGGCCAAUCGGGACCUUUUCUCAGUACCACAGGAGACAGCCGAAAGAAAGUCCCAUCACUGAAGCCAUGGACACGGACUACCACUACCAACCGGGGGAUGAUUUUAUCGAGCUCGUACAUCGCAGCUCCUACUGGGUACGGGCAAUGGCCACGACGAUGGGCAUCUGGCCCAGCCGGUACGUCACGAUACGGUUGCCGUGGUACAGAAGGUUGUACUACUUUAUGCUGCUGAUGCAUUGGCUCAAUACGUAUCUCCAGACGGAGUUUUUCUUUCGCAACUUGGGCAACUUGAGCUUGGUUGUACAGGGACUCUGUAGCUUUGUCAGCAUCACCACAACCGGCAUCAAGGUGAUGCGGAUGCAUGCCUACGAGCAAGAGAUUGUGCAGCUGUGGGAAGCACUAGAAGAUGCGACCUUUCUGAAGCAGAUAAGAUUUUUGCGCAAAACCGACCGGGGCACCAUCUUCGCCCGUAUCAACCAGCUGCUUGCGGACCAGUGGAAGGAAGUGCAGCUUAAUUUGCGGUUCUACACGCUGGUGGUGGGAUUAGUGGCUUCCAACUAUUCGAUCAUACCGGCCUGCAGCAAUCUGUACAAUCAGUUCCAGGGUAAUGCGUACAACAGGAGCUUCGUGUACAACACAUACUAUCCAUUUCUCGAGCCCAUCAAGCGUCGCUCGCCACUGUUCGAGCUGCUGUUCUGUUCGGAAUCGCUGUCCGGCUACACAACCUGGGCCGGUGUGGUUGCGUUCGAUGGGCUGUACGUUGUGAUGGUACUGUACGCAGCGUCACUGUUGCGCUUGUUGAGAGAUUUAAUGCAUGAAACGGCGAACCCGGACCUCACCGAUGCUGAGCGAGCGUGCUUUCAACGGCAAUGCAUACUACACCACAUACGAACGAUGCAAUUGAUCGAAAGGAUAAAUGAAAUUUUUUCCCCGGUUCUGUUGGUGCAACUGUUUACCAGCACCUCGAUCAUCUGUGUAAUAGCGUUUGCGGCCAGUAUGCAUGCGGAUGAGGGCGAUUCACAAACGAUGUUGAUGGUGCUUUACCUGAUAGCGGCUAUCUACCAGCUGUUCCAGUUCUGCUGGUACGGUCAGCGGCUCCAGAACGAGAGUACCGAGCUCCCGCUAUCGGUGUAUGACGUACGGUGGGAACUUUGUGCCGAACGUUUCAAGAGCUCGCAUCACAUCCUGCUGCUGUACAGCCAGCGUCAGAUCGAUAUGCGUGCCUGGAGCUUUUCGGCCAUGUCACUGGAAACAUUUUCCACGAUAAUACGGAGUGCCGCAUCCUACUUCACCGUACUGCAGACGCUGGCAGAGGAAUAAGGCCGAACAUCUCCGCAAUGCGCUGCUUGUGUCGAGCCCCUGCUCGGCCCAGGUACAAUGCCCAGUUCCGGGCACCGGUUUGAUGCAGAUAUUGGGGUAGUUGUACAGACAGGGGUACAAAGUCCGG